CUCGACCAAACCAUCAAAGAGGGGAGAGAGAAAGCUCUCAAAACCACCUCCAUUGUUUCAGCACGAGCUCAAGGAGAAAGGGGUCCAAAAGAGAGGAUUUAAGAAGGAAAAAGUGAGAAAAAGCUUGGAUAAUUAAGGAACUUGUGAAAGGUAUUUCAAGUGAUUUCACAAAGUUGGAAAAGUCGCCGGAGUUGUCGCCGGAGUUGACCGAAAGUCGCCGGAGUUUCACCGGAGUUCAACCAAGAGGGGUAGAACUUCAUAAAGCUAGUUCAAGGUUGAAGCUAGGGCUUGCUACUUGCACCUUCUUACGGGUGAUAUCAACUCAGGGAGAUGUGAAAUGGAGGGCAGGCGAAUGGCAACCAGGAACAAUCCGAGGGGGCGGGCGCCGGUGGCAUCCCAAAGGGGAAGCCGGGCUGCAUCUCGGGGUUCAAGAGGAGGUCGUGGAGGCCGUGGAAGCCGUGGAGGUCAUCAAGCUCAAACUGUGAGUGAUGGCCAUGUAAGCUCGGUGUACGAAACCAACACCGAGGACUAUGACUCUACGUAUGUUCCUGAGACGGAGCAUGAGGAGACCCCAUAUGAUGGGGGUGACACAUACACCGACGACGACAAUGAUGAGAGCGAUGCCCGCUUCGCCCAAAUGGGCGAAUUACUAGAGUGGUAUCAAAAGGAGAAGCUAAGGAGAGACCUUAGGCGCCAAGCGAGGCGGGGCUCUCGUGGUGGUUCGGGUCAAGGAAGCCGGGGAGCUUCCGUGGCCACCCCAGCGGCGUCACAAGGUGGGCGUGAAGGAGGUUUUGUUGUGAGAAUCUCCAAGUACCUCAAGGAGGCUAGGGCCUUGGGGUGUAGGUCCUUUGACGGCACCGGUGACAUUACCGUUGCCGCCGAUUGGAUUAAGAAGGUGAAGGAUGCAUCAAGAGACAUGCAAAUCACACCGGAUGUGAAGUUGACUGUCGCUUCACGGCUACUUGAAGGGAUAGCUUCUACGUGGUGGGAGAGCGUGGAAGGGAAGUACCAUGGGGAAAUAACAUGGGCGGAUUUUGAGCUAGAAUUCUAUGCUCAAUACUACUCCGAGUACGAGGUGAAUGUGAAACGGAGAGAGUACACUAACCUCAAACAGAAAGAUGGUGGCACAGUUAAGCAGCUGGAACAAGAGUUUAGAACCUUGGCUAGGUUCUUGCCAGAGUACGCGGUUGAUGAGAACCGCAUGACGGAGCAUUUUUGGGAUGCCUUACUCUUGGACAUCCGUGAUCGGGCUACGUACUCGCGCCACAUGACCUUUAGCGAGGUGGUGGAGCAGGGCCUUCUUGGAGAGGCCCAAUGGAAUGAAAGAAAAGAGAGAGACGCCGAAGAGGCGAAAAAGAGGAAGUGGAAUAGUUCGGGGCCACCCGAUCAUUCUCGAAGGAACAACCAUGGUGGUGGCGGUGGUUCAUUCAAGGCGCCGGCUCCACCGGCAAAGAAGAAUAGGGAUGCGAGGUGGAACAGGCCUAGGUCACAGAACUCGGGGCCACCUAGAUGUCCCAAUUGCUCAAAACAACACUUUGGGAGGUGCAAUGAACCACCGAGGUGUUUUAAGUGCGGGAAUGCGGGCCAUAUGAAGGCCAAUUGCCCUCAAUUGAUGCAAGAGAGUGCCUCGGGAGCCGGGGGAGGGACCAUGACGGGAAGGAACCGUGUGGGGCCAUCACACGGUGGUACGGGAAGAGGCGGCGCAUCCACAAGUCAUGCCGCGUCCGUCAACCAAGGUGGGACCCAAGCUCGAGUGUACGCAAUGACCGAGGCGGAUGCGCGAGCAAACCCGGACUCCGUUGCAGGUUGAAGCUAGGGCUUGCUACUUGCACCUUCUUACGGGUGAUAUCAACUCAGGGAGACGUGGUUCGUGCUUCCUUAUUUUCUUUCAAACUACUGAAUAUUUGCUCAUGGAUAUUUUUAUUUGUUAUAAACUAUUUUUGGGGCUUGCAUGCCCAUGUUGUUGGCCGGUUGUGGCUUAUGACUUACCGUUGAAUAUUUCCGCUAUUCAUUGGUUAAAAUGUGAUGUUGUUAUGUAUGUUUACUACUGAGUAUGGAUGGAUUAUUUUCUCGAACGCCUUGUGUAAUUAAGUGAGGUUGACUCGCGGGUGACGUCACUUGAUUAUACGGCGGUUGUACACGCGCUGGGAUUGCGGUCUGGGGUGUGACACAAAAUGUCCUUGAUUUCUUGUGUACUCACAAAUUUAAGGCAUUAGAUGGUGAAACUAUGAAAGUUUAAAGGC